AUGGGCUUCUUCUCCAAAAAAUCCAAAGACACCUCCGCCGACGACGCCAACCGUGCCGCCCUCUUUGGCAACCGCGGCACCUCCCCCGCCCCCUCCACGGCCCCCUCCACAAACAGCGGUAAACAAAACCCCUACGGCGCCCCCUCGCCCGCCCCCUCCUCCUCCUCCGGGGGCUACGGCGGCUACGGCGCCCCCCCACAGCAGCAACAGCAACAGUCAGGAGGCUACGGGGGCUAUGGCCGCUCCGACUCCACCAGCACCUUCGACUCCAACCGCGACCAGCUCUUCGGCGGUGCCCAGCAGCGCCAACAGCAGCACCAGCCCCCCCCCUACGGCUCCGCCCCCGCCAACGGCCCCUCUCCAAACGAGAAGGGCGCCUACGGCAGCAGUGGCUACGGCGGCAGCUCUAGCAGCGGUGGUGGCUACGGCAGCAGCACCUACGGCCAGACCACAGGCGGCGACAGCUACAACUCCAGCCGCCAGCUGACGGCCGAGGAAGAGGAAGAAGAGGACGUCAACGCCGUCAAGCAGCAGAUCCGCUUCACCAAGCAGGAGUCUGUUGCCUCGACCCGCAACGCCCUCCGCGUGGCCGCCCAGGCCGAAGAGACGGGCCGAACCACCCUCGGCCGUCUCGGUGCGCAGGGCGAGCGCCUGCACAACACGGAAAAGAACCUCGACAUUGCGGCGUCGCACAACCGCGUGGCCGAGCAGAAGGCGCGCGAGCUGAAGACGCUCAAUGGCAGCAUGUUUGCUGUGCAUGUGUCGAACCCGUUUAACUCGGCGAAGCGCGCGCAGGAGGAGGAGCGCCGCAUUCUGGAGCGCCACCAGAGCGACCGUGAGGAGCGGGAUAAGACGAGGCAGUUUGGGUUUGAGAGUAAGAACCAUGUGGGCAAGGCGCUGGGGGGUAGUGGCGCGGGCGCGGGUGGGAGGAUGCCGGGGAAGAUGAGUCUGGCAGAGAGAAGCAAGUAUCAGUUUGAGGCUGACGAGAGCGACGACGAGAAGGAGAGGGAGAUUGAUAACAAUUUGGACGCGCUGGGCGCGGUUACGGGGCGAUUGAGAAAUCUGGCGAUGGCCACGAGCGAGGAGGUGGAUAGGCAGAAUGCGCAGAUUGAUAAGAUCAUGAAGAAGAGCGACCGCGUCGAUGACCAGAUCGCCGUUACCCACAACAGGAUCAAGAACAUCCACUAG